AUGUACAACAGCCUUUCAAAGCCGGUGACAGAUGCUGAAAUUAAACAUGCAGUCAAAGCUAUCAAAAGCGACAGUGCACCGGGGAUAGAUGGCAUGACAGGUCAGUUCUUUCAAAGAUACUGGAGCAUCACGAGUGCACAAGUGACCAAGGACGUGAAACAGUUCUUCGAGUCUGGAGUGAUGCCUACAGACUGGAACCAUACUCAACGGUGCUUGUUACCAAAGGUGCCCAAUGCAAAACAAAUGAAGGAUCUGAGACCAAUUAGUCUUUGCUCGGUGGUGUAUAAGAUCAUCUUGAAAGUGUUGAGCAACAGGCUAAAGGUUAUCCUACCUCAGAUUGUCUCUCCGACCCAAGGAGCCUUUGUUGCAGGUCGGUUGACUUCAGAUAAUCUUCUCACAGCGCAUGAGAUGAUUCAUGGUCUCAAGACGAAUCCCAACUGUAGAGGAGAUUAUAUAGCUAUAAAGACAAAUAUGUCUAAAGCUUAUGAUAAAGUGGAGUGGGAUUUCUUGGAGACCUUGUUCACGAAGUUGGGGUUUGCUGGGCGUUGGAUUGAGUGGGUAAUGAGCUGCGUUCGAGCAGAACAAAAUGGAUCACUUACAGGCAUGAAGUUGACGAGGAACUGCCCUUCUGUUCAGCAUUUUCUUUUUGCAGAUGACAGUAUGUUCCCGUGUAAAGCCAGUUUAUGUGAAUGUACUGAGUUAUUAAGAUGCUUGAAGCUGUAUGAAGACUCAUCGGGUCAGGUUAUAAACUUCCAGAAGUCAGCGAUCACGUUUGGUGCUAAUAUUGAUCCGGUUAUGAGGAGGUUGUUGGCUGAGAUUCUACAGAUUGAAAACGAAGGUGGCGAAGGGAACUACUUGGGUUUACCUGAAUGCUUCUCGGGUUCAAAACAUAAACUGCUUGCUUUCAUUGGUGAGAAACUUAACGAGAGAUUACGAGGUUGGUUUGCCAAAAAGCUUUCCCAUGGAGGAAAGGAGGUGCUCCUCAAUUCUAUUGCUAUGGUGCUCCCGGUGUACGCGAUGUCAUGUUUCUGCUUGACCAAACACCAUUGCCAAAAGAUCAUGAGUGCAAUGGCCAGCUUCUGGUGGGCUGAAGAAAGUGUCAAAAAGAAGAUUCAUUGGAUUGCUUGGAAAAAUAUAUGUGUACCAAAGGACAAAGGUGAUUUGGGUUUCAGGGAUAUAGAAGAUUUCAACCAAGCUCUAUUGGCAAAACAAGCAUGGAAGCUGCAUAAUGAGCCUGAUAGCUUACUGGCGAGGGUCUACAGAGGUCGCUAUUACUCUGCAUCGAGCUUCUUAGAUCUAUUGAGGAAAGGACUAGUUAAAUCCAUUGGAGACGGGAAAAAUACCUACGUUUCAGAGCUGAUAGGAGAUGAUGGAAAAUGGAAAAUAGAUACAUUGGAGGAACUAUUCCCACCAAAUGAAGUUCAACGUAUCAAGCAGAUCAUACUGGGUAACAUGGAUGACAAGGAGAUUUGGGCCUUUAAUAAGGCUGGAGACUACUCAGUUAAAAGUGGAUGUUCGCUGCUAAGGAAACCAGCUGAGAAUGCGGGAGAAGAAGGUAUGGUGCAUGAUCAGGCUGUGAUUGAGCUGAAGAAACAAAUAUGGAGAAUGAGAACUAUCCCCAAGAUUCGAACGUUUGUAUGGUGUGCAGCAUCGGGGGCCCUAGCGGUAGCAGAACGUCUUACGGCCCAUGGCAUGCCUGUGGAGAUGACAUGUAAGUUAUGCCACCAAGGGAUAGAGACAAUUGAGCAUGUUCUGUUUCAGUGCACAAAGACACAAGAGCUCUUGAGUGAGUUUGAUCUAACCUCGGGCCAUUCCUUUCAUGCUGGUACACUCACAGAGUUGUUGAAUGAAUCGUUAGAAGAAGCAACAUUAUGGCAUGAUUUGAAUAGAGUACAGAGCAGUGGCAUUCCAAUGCCUAAUGACCUAGGAGUGCCAAAGCAGUGGACUCCACCAACGCCUGAACUUGUGAAGUGCAACUUUCAUACAAGCUGGAGGAAUAAUAGAUACCACUCAAGAGGAGCUUGGAUCACAAGGGAUCAUAUGGGAGCAGUGGGUAUGCACGCAAGAGACGCUUUUGCUCCAUCACCGGAUAAAUUAUCCGCAGAAAUUGAAUGUUUACUAUGGGUCCUUCGUAGUCUGAGAGAUUUGUGGCUAGAAGAAGUUAUUAUAGGUACAGACUCUUCGAGCUUAUUGGAAGCUAUAAAGAACCCGUCACGUUGGCCACGGUACAGAGGGUUUCUUAGCCACAUUGCUGCAGUUUGCACUGAAUUUGAAGUGAUUUCCUUUGAAGUGGAAUCAAGUGAGUCCAAUCAGGUGGCGAGAAAGAUAGCUAAGAGCGUUCUGAGAGAUGGACAGUUCCAGUCUUACCUUACAAUGGGAGGACCAUUGUGGUUACCUGAUCUCAUCCGAACUGAGGUUACAAUCGUUAGUUCUUAA